GAAGGAUGGAACGCGUUCGGUAGUGACAGGAGAUUUCUUCGAAGAAGCAGACGAAACGCAUAUUAUCAGCCAAAACAAAGAAAAUGAACUAAUGUUCUUCUACCAUCUGACCCUGUGAAUCUACAAAAAGGUCAACGAAAGGCCUUGAUGGUCUUUAUCCAAUCACCAUGACAGCCAAGGGUACCUGUGUAUUGAAACAAACACUUAUUCUCUCCCUAUGGUUACUGCGUAUCAUCCUGGUUUGCUGGCCUCAAACAGGAUACAUUCAUCCGGAUGAAUUCUUCCAGUCUGUUGAAGUAGCUGCAGGUGACAUUCUUGAUGUCGAGGGAAAGAGAACUUGGGAAUUCAAUUCCAAUGUCCCAAUCAGAAGUGGAUCAAUCAUUCAAGCCACUGCUGGGUUCCCUCUAUACCUGUUAAAGAUUUUGGACCAGUUGUUGAGCAGCAUUUCUGUCAUGACAUCAUAUUCUGUUCUGAUUACUCCAAGAUUGUUUCUGGUCUUAUUGAGCUUUAUGGGUGAUUUUUGUGUGUGGAAUUUGAGCCAAAAAUUUUCUGUUUGCCCCAAAACAAGUCUACUGCUCUAUGCCAGUUCCUUUGUCACGCUUGUGUUUUAUACAAGAACACUUUCAAAUACAACAGAAAGUUUCCUCUUUAACAUUCUGCUACUUUUUGCAUUGUCUGAUGUGAAAAGUUCUCCAAAAGAGACCAUAGACCAGAAAACAUCAGCAGAUGAUGAAAAUAUUGAUGAAACAUUUGGAAACAUCUGGUACCAAACUGUUAUGUGCAGUAUCUUUAUGGGUGUUUUACUAGCUUGUGGAAUUUUUAACCGGCCAACAUUUGUUAUUUUCGCAUUGGUACCUGUGGUACUUUGGAUGCAGAAUAGUUAUUCUUUGUUCACAUUAUUGGCUAGACUUUUGUAUUUAGCAACUGGAUUUAGCCUCAUGUCAUCCUUAUUGGUCUGUCUGGACACAGUGUACUUUAGAACAGAUUUAGUAGAUUUGCAUGUGGACAUCAAGUUUUGCCUGGAGAAAUCAGAGAAUGUUGUGACUUGUUUAUGUCAAGCAGCUAGUGACCAUUUUGUUUUUACCCCAUGGAAUUUUAUAAUAUACAACACAAAUAAAGACAAUCUUGCAUCCCAUGGAGCUCACCCAUGGUACUUACAUCUCACUGCAAAUGCUCUCAUUCUGUUUGGACCAUUGAGUAUUUUAGGAGUUUGUGCACUUAUUAAAGCAUGCUGUUGCGAAGCAAGAUACUGCCUAGACUGGAGACAGAAGAAACUCUGGCCCUUAGUUUGGAUAUUUUAUUUGCCAAGUCUUUUACUGUCUGUGUUUCCUCACCAGGAGCCACGUUUCAUCAUCCCGCUUCUGACACCAAUGGUGUUGUUAGCAGCCCACAUGUACAAACCAAAGUCUGGCUUGUUCCAUCUUUUUACAUUUGUGUGGAUAAUUUUCAAUGCUGCCGGUGUUGUUCUUUUCGGAUUUUUCCACCAAGGAGGUGUUGUGCCAAGUUUAAUGCACCUGCAAUCUAAUGAGUCAACUCUUUCAACUGGUGCAUCACUGUUGGGUGGUCAGAAGGUUAUGCCACCCACUGCAGUGAGUCAUAUGAUCUACUUUCACACAUACAUGCCUCCAGAGCACCUGCUCCUGAAAUACAGGAAGAUGCCAUUCAACGACAGAGGAAGGAGUAAAACAAGUGCCACUGUACGCAUUCAUGAUCUCAAAGGUGGUGAGGACUUUGUGUUAGAAGAACUUAUUUCAAACUUGAAGGAGCAAGCUCAACAAACAGAUCACCUUGACAUAUAUGUUAUUGCCCCAUUUACAUGGGUAUUCAGCAACUGUCAUAAAUUCGACAUGAAAUGGGUUCAAUCUUUCACCCCACAUCUCACACUAGAAGAUCCACCAGAUUUGUUCAGAUUAAUUACCCAUGCAGGUUGGACCAAUGUGUCACAUUGCUUGCCACCGGGAGACAAGUUUGUAUUGCUUUACAGGCUAAGAAACAUGUUCUCUCUCAUUCUGCUUAAGGUUCAGUAAGCAUUUUUAAUACACAUUCCUUGAACAGCAUACCAGAGU